AAUGAAACAAAACACAAUGAAAAUAAUAAAUAAAUUUAUAUUAAGAUAUUUUUAUUAAAACUUGAAAUAUUUACAAUGCGUAUAUUAUUCCUAAUUUAAUGUUAAGAAUAUUAAUUAAUGCACUUUCAAUAGUAGUCAUUGUAUAAAGUGCUAAAUAAAAUGGAAUCUUCGGAAUCAACAAGUGUUAUUUCUACCUCGGUGCCAGAGGUUGACGAAAUUAAACAGUCUUGUAGAGUUUGUAUGGCUAAAAAGGUUAAUAUGAGUCGAAUUUUCGAUACGGAAUCGAAUCUUAUCGCUCAAAUUGAAUUCUGCACUGGAAUUCAGCUUACAAAAGAAGAUGAUCUGCCAUCACAAAUAUGCAAUGUAUGCAUCACAGAUCUCUCUGUUGCACACAAGUUCAAAACUAGGUACAUACAUGCAGACAAUAUGUUCCGGAAACUCCUAGCUAAUGUAAAGAUUGAAGCCAGCGAUGAUGAAACCAACAAUGAAUCUUAUAAUAUAAAUGAUGACGAUGUAAAAGAAGAAACUCUGGACAAUCAGAUUGGUGAUGAAGCAAUAAAAAGUGAUGUAAAAGUGAUGACAAAUGUUGAUAAAAGUAAGAUAGUUAUACAAAAUAUACCACAAGUGCGGAAAACGCGUGGUCCAUAUAGAAAGAGUGAACAACCAAAGCGACUUCGGAAGUAUAAGUUCAAAAGGCUGCAAUGUGAACCAUGUGGUAUCAAGUUCGCAUCCAGAGAACUGUCGGAUGAACACAAAAGGAACAUACAUAAAGAGAAUGAGAGUUGGGUGUGUGAAAUAUGCGGUAAGAUGUUCAUCCACCGGGCGUCGCUGUAUACCCACACGCGGUCGCACCUACCACCGCAGUACGGCUGCGAGAAGUGCGACUACCGCACCUGGCACAAACACGAUCUCGUCAAACACUUGAGGAUACACACUGGGGAGAAGCAGUACCAAUGUCAUUUCUGUACAUCAUCAUACCACACGUCUUCGAACCUGACGGGCCACAUCCGCCGGUUCCACGAGGGCCUGAAGAGGUUCCAAUGUCACCUGUGCGACCGGAAGUUCUUCGACCGCACCAAACUCAACAGACACGUCGAUUCGCACAAUGAAAUAAGACGAUUUGAAUGUGAUAUAUGUCAUUCAUUCUUCACACGCCGCUGUUACUGGAAGAAGCACCUUCAUCGGCAGCACAAUGUGGAGAUACCACCACAGCGGCCCGGGAGACGACCCACAUGGUCUGCGGAGAAGCUGGUCACUACCCCUCAGGAGCCAACUGACCCAUCAUAGGGGCUAUCCGUAAAAAUAAUGUGUGACAAAGUAUGACCAAGUGUAACAAUGGGGUGAGAAUGGGCCCUAUAUUUCAAACUAUAUGACUAGUAAAACACGAAAUAUCCCUAAAAACAA